GAGCUGAUCACCUUGGAUUGAAACACACCGAAAAUGGGCAGGAGAUACACCAAGAAAUCGUCUCUGAUGAUACCUCUCCUGCUUAUCAUCCUUGUCGUCGCCGCUGCAUCCACUACUGUUGCGAGGUCGGCGUGGGUGGGGGACUACGCGUCGAACCACGGGUGCGGGGAGACGGCGGCGGCGGAGCUGUGCGAUCCCCGCGACCCGGCGGCGAACCGCGCGUGCGACGACGCCUGCCACUACAACGGCUGCAGGGGCGGCCGCUGCAUACUACUCUACCGAGGGCACCUGGACGGCGGCGACGGCGGCGGCGGCGGCCGCCGAGGCAUCGGCCGGGGUUGCCACUGCCGUUGAGGGUGUGAGAUCGAUGCGAUGACCGAUCAUGAUGAGGAACAACUUGAAUUGACAGCCGAUGGAUGAAUCAAUCGAUCGAUCGAAGUUGAGACGACAUCGAUGCGUGAUUUGUUGCAUGCAUAAUUUGGUAAUGUGGAAUUACUACAUUUAUUUCAUACCUUGUUCGUAAUCGUAUACUAUUAAUUUGGACUUGAA